CAUAAAACAUUGGAAUAGGAAGACGACAUGUCAGCAAACUAAUGUUUAGAUGAUGUUGUAAGAAAAUAGUUUUACCAGAAGCUCGAAAAUCGACUAAUUAAGUUAAGUGGGUCUGUAUACACUGCACAAAUUUGUUCAUGUUCAUUGGACAAAUUCGUAAGUUGCUUUCUAUUCCAGAGUUUUAUGGUUCUUACUGUAAUCAUUGUAUUUGAUAUGUCGUUGAUGCAAAGAAAAUUUACAAAUAUUUUAUUUUCAGAUUUCAGUUCCAGAAUGCCGACUUUUAAAAUCAAGGUAAAAUGGGGAAAGGAGGUUUUUCAAGAUGUGGAAGUAAAUACAGACGAAGAACCAAUGGUUUUUAAGGCACAGCUUUAUGCAUUGACUGGGGUACAGCCAGAGAGACAAAAGGUUAUGCUCAAGGGUGCUAUGUUGGAUAACAGUGGUUGGGGUAAAGUAGUUCUACGAGAUAAUGCAAUGGUUCUAAUGAUGGGAACCAAAGAUGAAGAUAUGCCGACUAAGCCUGUAGAAGCAACCAAGUUUAUCGAGGAUAUGGAUGAAAGAGAAUUAAGCAAGGCUAUGGAUAUGCCUGCUGGACUUCAGAAUCUUGGAAAUACUUGUUACAUGAACGCGGUUAUACAGUGCCUUAAGAGUGUACCUGAGCUGCGUGGAUCUCUAUCCAGCUACCAUGGCAGGGUCAAUCUACAGCAGGGGUCAGAUGCUGAAAGUAUCACUGCAGCCCUCAGGGAUCUGUAUAAAACUAUGGAUACAGGGGCGACUAUUCCUCCGAUUAUUAUGCUUCAAGUUCUUCAUUCUGCUUUUCCAGCGUUUGCAGAGCGAGGUGAACAAGGUGGAUAUCAGCAGCAAGAUGCUAACGAGUGCUGGAUGGAGCUCAUGAAGAUGCUGCAACAGAAGACUAAGGCUGUCGAUAAUAGCAAAGCUGCGAAUGCUGUUGAACAGUUCUUUGGAAUAGAAUGUCAGUCUCAGCUCAAGUGUGUAGAGUCUGAAUCUGAAGAGCCAAGUUUUGAGGUUGAGAAAUUCCUUCAGUUUUCCUGUUAUAUUGACAAGGAUGUGAAAUAUCUCUAUACUGGACUCAAAAACAGGCUUCAGGAGAACCUGCAGAAGCACUCUGUUAGCUUAGACAGGAACGCGGAAUUCUUGAAAACCUUGUCCAUCACUAGGCUUCCAGGAUACCUUACUAUACAAAUGGUCCGGUUUCACUUCAAGCAGAAGGAGGGUGUGAACGCCAAGGUGUUGAAGGACGUCAAGUUCCCCGUCAUGCUCGACAUGUUCGAUAUGUGUAACAAGAACCUGCAAGAUAGACUUGUACCAAUGAGAACAAAGUUCAAAGAGUACGAGGAUUGGCUGGUAGAGCACGGAUCUAAGGAUAAGGGGAAAACAGCAGCUUUAAAACAAGAAAAGCUCUCUCAGGACUUGACCGAAGCCGAGGUUGAGGAUUGGUGGUUUGAGGACGAUAAAGGAUCAAAUAACUCUGGAUACUACAGUCUUCAAGCAGUUCUCACCCAUAAAGGACGGAGUUCAAACUCCGGACAUUAUGUUGGGUAAGAUUUGAAUACGUUGAAG